AUUGUGCUCACAUGCACCUCUCUCAUACACUUCCUGUUUGUGAGGCGCAGACGUCUUUGAGUGCAGCAGAGAGCUACAACCAGAUAGCAGCGGCUGAUUUCACGCUUGUUUCGUUGCAGUGCUCCACCGUUCCCAGGAUGUGGGUUCGUCUGUUAAACCGUGAUGUGCAUGGUGAAUGAAUGGCACUGAGCCGGAGACAAUUUGCCUUGGACUCUUUAGACACAUUCAAAGACUAUGGAUGCUGGACAGUAAACUGCAGAACCUGAGUGGUGAAGAUGCAGCACACCUCAUGCACAGAGGACAGGAUCCAGCAUGCUCUGGACAGGUGUCUGGACGGGCUGAGACGAAGCCCCACAGCAGCGCACAACUGGAACGGUAAGACUCAAGUGCUGAUGUGCUCGGCGGGUCAGUCGAUGAACCGCUGGAGCCUGGAGGAGCUGGUGAAGAGGGACCCCGAGAACUUCCUCAUUCUCUUACAGCAGAUUAUCAGGAAGACCAGAGAGGUUCAGGAGCAGUGUCAGUAUGAGCUGGUGGCUCCCCUCGCUAUUAUGUUCUCCUCCACGUUGCUUCAGACGCCAUACUGUCCUCCUGACACAGAGCUGCUGGAGGAAGCUGUUGAGGUGUUUCGCUGCUUUCUCACCUGGCCUGAGCCUUACUGCAGUGUGUGUAAAAACCUCCUCUCCACACUACAGCUGGAGAUCAAGGCCCCAGGGAUUUCCUUUCAGAGGCUGGUCAGAGAAGAGCAGGGCCUUAACACCUCCAGCCAGUGCUCCAAGACCAUGACCGUGCUGCUGAUGAACCCGUGCGAGGUGCCGGCUGACUUUCUGUCAGUUGCUGAGCAGCUCAGUCGCAUUCAGCACUCACAGAAGGAGACCUACAUCACCCUCAUCAAACACGCCUUUCAGUCCACACUGGGCACCAAGUAUCCUCUGCAGAGCAUCCACAGAGUCCUGCAGGCAAAAACUGUGGAUGAAUUGGGGCAGCUCUUUGACGCAGUCAGCGAUGUCUUGGAGACAGCCGCUGCCAUGAGUGACGCUGUGAAGGGCCGUGAUCAUGUGAUCCAGGGACUUGAGCAGCUGAGGAAGAGCAUGAGAAUCCAAGCAUCCAAUGGAAGGAAGUCUGAUGGAAUGCUACAAACUCUGCCCUUGCCUACUGCCAAGUGUCACAUGUUUCACUGGGAAAAGGAUAACUUUGAUGUUCUGAACACCCUUUUGGAGCAUGACCCUGACGGCCAUGCUGAGGAGGACGAGGAAGUCGACAUUUAUGAUGAGGAGGAGGAUAUAGCAGAAAUUGAUGCUGAAGAAGAUGAGGAGGAAGAAGACAAAGAGGAGGAACAUGGAGUAGAAUUGCCCUCCAUGUCUAUCAUCCGUAAUGGCUACAGUGCGGACCAUCGUGCCUCCACCUUCUCCACCAUCUCCUCCCUGUCCACCACUUCCAAAGACUCCAUGUUCUCCACCUUAUCUGUAGCCUCAGAGUCCUACGCUCCAUCCCUCUUCUCCGUCACCUCUGCUGGUGAUAGUGACUUCUUCGAAGAUUCGGACGACUACAUCUGCUCCUCUCCCGUCGCUGAUAAAUGCUCGCCAAAGUCUUUCAACAAAGCCUCUGCUCGGCUCAGUCAGCACUUGUACCGGCUCUUCAUCAAACCCAAGAGCUCUCGGUCGCUGAUCCGGGCCAAAAGCUUAGGCAACACAGAAUCUAAAGACCUUUUAAUGGUGCGAGAGAAGCGCUCCAACUCUCUACCACAGCAAGUCAAGUUACUCGGUCCUGAGCCCUUACUCCAGCAUCACAGUCAAACUCUCAGACAUGUCUGCUUCCGAAGGAGGCCCAUUCUCAGCAGCGAUGAGGACAGUAAGAAUACUACGCUGAGGGUGGUGGUGUUUGGUGCUGAUCAUGUAGCAGGGAAGGUGGCCCGUGCCUACAAUAGCCUGAGGAGGAGGGAGAGUGCGUGUCCGCAGCUCAGCCGGGCCUUCAAUCUUCAGUUCUACUUUGUGCCUGUGAAGAGGGACUCAGCAGCCGGGUCAGGGAGCCUGAGGUCUCCUAGUCCUGUGGUUCAAAGUUCUCCAAAGGGAGCAUCUCUGUUUAAUGAUCUUCACCUAACAGGCACAGGAGACAGCACUAAUGAUAUCGCUCAUCUCCUCGGUAUGUUGGACCCUUGGUACGAAAGAAACACCCUUAGCCUGCUGAACUUGCCUGCCAACGUCGUCUGCCAGCAAACCUCAAAGACGGAGUCAGAGUCAUAUGAUAGUUCAUAUGAGCAGCGGCUGCCCAUCCUGGCCGACCUGGUCCUGUACUACUGCCGCUAUGCUCUCCGGCCAGCUCUGAUCCAGCUCUAUCAGGCGGAGUUGACGUUAGCUUGUGGCGAGAGGAGGACUGAGGUGUUCGUCCACUCCCUUGAGUUGGGUCACACCGCAGGAACACGAGCCAUCAAGGCCAUGGGUGCUGCUAGUAAACGCUUUGGGAUUGACGGUGACCGAGAAGCAGUACCACUAAUGUUGGAUGUGGUGUAUAACAGGGUGGUGAUUAGUGGGCGAAGCCAGUGGAAAAGAGAAACUAAAGUCUGUACUUCAGUUAACUUCACCAAAGCAUGCAAAAAUCCUGAGGAACUGGACUCGAAGAUGGAGUGCCUGCAGCUCACAAUGACGGAGGUCCUGAAGAGACAGAACUGUAAAAGCAAGAAGGGCUACAACCAGCAGUUGAGUGUGACAGAGGUGAAGGUGGACAAGGUGCAGGUCAGCGGUGCUGGAAACACAACCUUUGCUGUAUGCCUGGACCAGGAUGAGAAAAAAAUACUGCAGAGUGUCACAAGGUGUGACAUAUCAGUGUGCUAUAAGCCUGACAGCUCCACUGACUGGAGGCUAAGAAAAGUCCCAUGCUCGGCCCAAAUCCAGCCUCUCAAUCCAACCUUCUGCUCCCUCCUCUGCCUGCCCAUAGUCACCUUCAGUGGGGCUCUUCCCUGAGACUGUGUGUCGCUAGAUUGGAUGAUUUGAAAGGAAAAUUCUGUGCACGUAUUUAUGCUCUGAAUAACAGAAACUGACUGCAGAGGAAGAAGAAAAGGGCACAGGACAUACAUUUUUUUUCUUCAUUUCUGCCACACUGCUGUGGUCAAGCUCACAUGAUGGCGGUGGAAUGCAUCUGUUGGAAAAACAAAGACUUGUUCAUAAGGGAUAGUCAGGAAACAGCACACUUGGCCCGUAAUUGUCAAUACAAAUGCAUACCAAAGAACCUGACGAACAGACAAUAAAUACAUGCAACAGACAUACAAUAGUUCAAAUGAUGUGCAGUUGAGUAUCUCUGUACAAAGCAGUCAUUUACUGUUGUUAAGGAAGCUGUUCGAUUUUCAUCCCACAGGUUUCUGUUCCUCUUUUCCUGCUGACAGAGAAGCCUUACCCACAGUAACAUUAGAAUGUCAUUUGGACAGACAGGGUGAAGGUACAGUACAAAUUCUCAGGUGAGAUGGCACCCAAACCAGCAACACUGUUGAAACAAGCCUGGGUCCUACCGAGAGAUGGAAUGUAAAAAUGUCGACAUCAUCUCGGAGUCAAAGUUUGAACUUUUCUCUGGAUCAACCGACAUGGAAGAGGAGAGCCAGGAGAGAAUUUGACACCUGUAGAUGCACUGUGCUGUGUACUGUCACUAUUAAGUGUGAUUAUGGACUAUGUGACUUUAUCUGAAAAUGGACACUAUGGACUUCCAUAUUAUGUAAAUAUCAUGUUUGUAAAAUAUUAUAUUGUAUACAGUAACUUGAAUGUUACACCAUGAUUUUUUGUCUGUUGUACAUGAGUUUUGUUUUAAUGGGAGUUAUACAUAUGACCAGCAGGGGGCUGUGUUGACAUUCUAACUUUAGUUGAAGUACAGAGAGCUGGCAUACUCUUAAAGUCUCACUUUGUAAUGACUGUAAUGGGAUUUAUGUAUAGAUGAUGUUUUAGCUCUUGCAAAGUGCUGACCUUUAUUUCAUCCAGGGCACAGAUGGAAAAUAUGAAUUUGAUAUUGUGGUGCUAAAAAAAUAACCUUUAUAAAAAGUGACUGAUUCAUUGCACUUUUCAUACUGUAAACUUUGACAUUAUAUAUAAAUCAUGUUGCUCUACUGGGAUAAUAUCCCUAUUCACCUGACCGAGAUUGAAAAAGUAGCACUGCAUAUGAUAUUAUAUUAUAAUAUAUGGAAUUGAAGCACUUGAACAUUAGAUUAAUGAAUUAGGUACUUUUAUGUUCAGAUUAAUGCCAUAUGUGCCUUUUCUGAUGGAAAUAAUGCAAUCCAAUAAUGUUUUUUUAUGCAAUGGAUACAAUUUAAAUCCAAUCUUCAUUAAAAUAUAUUUUAUAUGU